UGGCAUAAUGGCAUCCCCUCAAACACCUUUAAUCUCGGUUCCUACAAAAAGGACUGACGAGAUAGAUUGGGUCCAUCCAAUCAAGAGAUAUAUCGAACAAGUUUAUCAAGAAGACCCAGAAAAAUAUGCAGAGGAGACGAACACAAUCAAUCGCCUUCGACAAGACAUGCGUGGCGCUGGUAAAGAUUUAACUGGCAGAGAUUUGCUCUAUCGCUACUAUGGUCAGCUGGAGCUGUUGGACCUUAGGUUUCCUAUAGAUGAAAAGCACAUCAAAAUAUCUUUUUCAUGGUAUGACGCAUUUAGUCUUCGUUUGACAUCUCAGUUCUCUUUGGCCUUCGAAAAAGCUAGCACCAUAUUCAAUAUAGCCAGUACAUUAUCCGCCAUCGCAGCGCAGCAGAAUCGUGCCGAAGCGGAGGGUCGAAAGCGUGCCUUCAACUUUUUACAAGCCGCAGCAGGAAUGUAUCAAUACAUCAACGACAACUUUUUACAUGCUCCAUCGGCUGAUUUGGGACGUGAUAAUGUCAAGGUCUUGGUUGAACUCACUUUGGCUCAAGCACAAGAAUGCUUCAUCGAAAACAGCCUGCGUGAAAAGAAGAAGGACGCUUUGAUCGCAAAGUUGGCAAGUCACGCCACAUGGACCUACGGCAAUUGUGUUGACGGCAUUACAGAGGGUCUCACCAAAUCCGUUUUUGAUAAAUCUUGGCUUACGGUUUGUCAAGUCAAGCAAAAGUACUUCCAAGCCAUGUCUCAAUAUCACAGAGCAUUAGCGUGUGAGGCGGAAGGAAAAUAUGGUGAAGCGGUAGGAAGAUUGAGUAUUGCUGAAACAUCUGCAAAGGAAGCUAGUAAACUGGCUCAGUCUGUACCCACUGCUUCGGCCAAUGCCUCACUUCCUGCCGAUGCUGCAUCCGUCUUGCAAGAAACCACCAAAACAUUUGCUGCCACUUGUUCAGAAAAGCUCAAGCUUGCUACUCAUGAUAACGACAUGAUUUACAGCGACACAGUUCCCCAGGAAUCUGUCAUCCAGCCUAUCGAUCGUCUCAAAGCUGUCAAGUCCGUCUCCAUCUCCGAGCUAUAUGGCGCCAAUGAGAUCAACAAAGUUAUUGGUCCUGACAUUUUCGGCAAGCUCAUCCCUCUUAGCGUUCACGAAAGUGCUUCGUUGUAUUCUGAAGAAAAGGCAAAGCUGGUCAGAUCAGAGACUGAACGAUGUGAUCUUGCCAAUGGCGAAUUGGAUGCGUCAUUGGACUAUAUGAAGUUGCCAUCCGCUUUGGAGAAGUUUAGGCAUCAAGAUGAUCGUCAAGACUUAUCAUUGGACGAAUUCGCCACCCCCACAAGAGAAGUUCGGGAUUGGGCUGACCGUAUUCGAGAUGAAGAAACCACCAAAUCGAAGAUUGGCGACUUGGUCGACACUUUGGACGCCCUCAAGAGUCGUGCAAGAGAAAUGAUGGACAAGGUUUCUUUGACUUUGGAUGAAGAGAUGAGAGGAUGUGAACAAAUGCGUGUCAAAUACGGUGAUCAAUGGACUCAACAACCCUCCAGUACAUUGACCACAUCUUUCCGCGACGACCUCCGAAAUCACCGUGUAUCUUUUGACCAAGGCAAUAAUUCUGACCGUCAGAUUUUACAACGAUGGGAACUUGCUGCUCGUGAUGUUGCCAUAUUACGCCAAGGUUCUGGUGGUGAUGAUUUAUCCAGAAUCUUUGCCGAAAGCUUGGCUGGAAUUAUCACCCCAGAGAAACCAAAUGGUGGUGGCAGCUUAUUGGAUAUUGACAUUGACAGCGGUGUUAACAAGAGCAGCACAGCACAAAAGGUGAAGCGAGUUGAGACUACCUUGGAAAAGUUGCAUCAAAUUCGUACCGAAAGGAGGGAGACACUGGAGGAUUUGAAGGAAAAGACACAUCAAGACGAUAUCUCUAAUCUUCUCAUUCUAAACAAAAAAACCACCAAUGUCGAGCCUCAACUGUUUGCUUCCGAAUUGGAAAAAUAUCGCCCUCACCAACAACGCAUUGCAUCCACUAUUCAUCAACAGCAACAGCUUUUGAAGGAAUUGACCGCCGCUUUCAAAGCCCUGAUGGAAGGUGAUGAUGCCAAAAAAGUGCAGACUCAAUGGGAGAGGGCAGAAAAACAGAGAAAAAGUGUUGUUGAGAGAUUCCGCCGUGCCAACGAAGGCUAUCAUGAAGUCAAAGAUGGCUUGACGUAAGUAAAUCUCGCCCAUGAUGACGAUGGAAAAGCUACGAUGAAUGCUAACAACGUGUUACAGAAAAGGAAUCCAGUUUUAUUCAAACUUGACCGACGUGAUAGAGACGCUCUUGCGCAACACGCAAAACUU